CCACCACUGCCUCUCCAGAUCGGUGGGAGGAUCCUAUGUUUGUCGGUCCUGUUUCUUAGCACCCUCUAUGUAAGCUAAUUUACCGAAUACUGCAGCAAGGGUGUCACGAUCCAGAGAGAAGGAAGGCAAGUCGGGAGUAAAAUCUGAACAGUGGCCAAUAGAGAGUAAUGGCAGCCAUUAGGAAGAAGCUAGUGAUCGUGGGGGAUGGAGCCUGUGGAAAGACCUGUCUGCUCAUCGUCUUCAGUAAAGACCAGUUCCCCGAGGUCUACGUGCCCACAGUGUUCGAGAACUACAUCGCUGACAUCGAGGUCGAUGGCAAACAGGUGGAGCUGGCGCUGUGGGAUACAGCCGGCCAGGAGGACUACGACAGGUUGAGGCCUCUCUCCUACCCCGACACAGACGUCAUCCUCAUGUGCUUCUCUAUCGACAGCCCCGACAGUUUAGAAAACAUCCCAGAGAAGUGGACCCCUGAGGUGAAGCACUUCUGCCCCAACGUUCCCAUCAUCCUGGUGGGCAACAAGAAGGACCUGAGGAACGACGAACACACACGGAGGGAGCUGGCCAAGAUGAAGCAGGAGCCAGUGAAGCCAGAGGAGGGCCGGGACAUGGCUAACCGUAUCAGUGCCUUUGGCUACCUGGAGUGUUCAGCCAAGACCAAGGAUGGCGUGAGGGAGGUGUUUGAGAUGGCCACCAGGGCGGCACUGCAGGUGCGCAAGCGCAAGAAGAGGGGUGCUUGCCUGCUGUUGUGAGGAGGAGGAAGAAGACCUCAAAGUCGUCAACUGACAAAACAACAACAUACCAAGCAGAACUGACCUUUUACCAAAUGGCAUCUUUGUACUGUAUCUCACAUUUCACGCUAAAGAGGUUGGCGGCCGAAAGUGCUGAACGUAAAAUAACAAGGAAAAGGACUGGUCUGUAACACAGGUUAGAAAUUAGUGUUUAAACUUCUCAGAAUUGUUUUUUUUGUUAUGCUUAUUUCAUGCAAUGGGCACACUGUCUUUCAUCUAGUUUUUCACAAGCAUUUAUUUUCCCUGUCGCUUUGAGACGAUAAUAAAUGCACAUGUAUUUGAAUGCAACAUAUUUGGCUGUCCUUCCCUGGGCCUGUACAAACAGUCGGUCCCCUGAGCUUGUGUUAUUGUCAACAUGCACACUAUUGGAAUCAGGACUCACCCAAACUUUUGUUCCUUUGUAACCCGUCCUGUCUGCUAGCAUAGUUAUGGUAAGAGGGUCUACUUUCCAGGGGAGAGGUUUUGCUCUUUAGAACCAGUGCCUUUCGGAGUUAUUUUUCUUAUUUUUUAAGUCCUUGCAUACCACCAAGUAAUGCUCCACCUGAGCUGUUGGUCAACUCACUAGCAGGGGAGCGGAGGGCCUCCCCACGUUAAUUAUACACAGUAUGUAUUGUUAUGCAAUCAGAGCUUUGCUGCAAGUAAUCUAGGCUUUCAGGGCUGUCGACAACUAGCCGCAAGAAAUGACUUCAGACUUCAUUUUACUUAGCAGAAAGCAUCAGUCAGCCAGUCCGUAUAGCAUACCAGUCUGAAAUCAGUCCACCCCCACAUGGUAAAGGACUGGUAGUCGGAGCACCUCAUGGCACUGUAACAUGACCCUACAGAUGUGUGCAGAGAAGUCCAUCCGCCCCCCUCAAAUAUUGUCUGGAUUGAACAGCUGUUCCUCACAGUCGUUCUGAACACCUGUACAGAGAAGCUCGAAUGUCCCCAGAUAAACAGAAGCCAACAUGACUUUACAGUCCCACCACACCAGGAGGUGACAAGUUAAAACGGGUGUCGCAUGAUGAUUAGGGGAGCAUGGUCCACAAUAGCUACAGUAGGUUUGUAUGAGUUGACACCAUCUUCUUUUUAGAAUGAGAAUGCCAACGUAUUUGUCACAAGGCUGGAGCUGCCGGGGUAUGAGGGACAUGGUAUCCUGUCUCAAGAGAUCCUGGCCUGGGGAUUUCCAGUCUGACUGCAUUCUAAAGCAGCAUUCUGAGGAGCCACAUGAGUGUGUUUCAGUGCCUUCUCUUUUAACCUGUGUGACUUUGGCGUUCCCCUCCCCGAGAGCAGAGUAGAGACCGGACCAGUUGCUCAAUGUCAACGUGAUGCCACAGCCAGUCAACUUUGACACCUUUGUCAUGUUGCACAAAGCUCAACACUCACAGCACUCACUCACAGCCAUAAAGAAUGUCAGGGGGAAAUGAUGCUUAACAAAUCAAGAAUUUCAUUGAAUCUUUUUCUAAGGUACACUCUGCCACUUUGCCCCAGCGUUCCCCAAAACAUGACUGGUUGAAACCCCAGUUAGAAUUCAAUCAUCCAUAGAUAAGAUCUCUCUUCAGCUCAGGGGUUGAUUGUAUUUCAUUUGAGGAAGGAAACUCCCAGUGUGCUUUGCCUGAUUUUCAGGAACUGGUUUGUCAAUUCUCAGUUUGUUCUGGCUAGGCGCUAUUUGACAAGAAGGCAAGACCUGAAUAGAAUUUUUUUUUGAGGGAGAGAGACUUCUGUUGGCUGCCAAGAAAUUCCCCACACAAUUCUCCCUACCUGUCUCAGCCAAAAUGACGUGCUCUGCACUGUGUUAUGUUAACAGUAACGUUUGGAUGGUGUGAUACGGAGUUGGAAAUUACUUUGUUACAUUCUGAUAUGAUUUAUUGUCUUCUGUCAUUUUAUAUGUCACUGCUUAAACAAUAAAAUGCAUCGGGGGCGCUGAAGUCACUGGUCAACAUAGGCUGUG